ACCACGACUCACGUUUAUCACUGAUCACUGACUUCUUCUAAAAGAACACAUGUGAGCAGGUUGGAUGGUUGUCAGCUCGUCUUUUCGCUUGGUUACCAACAACUGAAGCGGUGCUUGUCAUUCGUGUCCUAGGUGGAAAGACAGACAGACAGAGAGACAGACAGACAGGACAGGACAGGAGAGGACAGGAGAGGGCAGAGGACAUCGCUGCUUUCUCAGAUUAAAAGGCCAUUGUCCUUUUGUUCGAGUGUUGGUUAUCGUGGACGAACAUGGCCGACAGUUUAAGAAGACUUGCCAACACGUCUUCCUUCAGGAUUUUACAGGACAAGCUCGAGAGCUGGAACCAGGAUUACCAUAUCAUUUCCUGUGACCAAAAUCUGAAUAAAUGUUGCGAGAUGAUUGAAUUGACCGCCAAGAUCCAGGGCCAACUGUUUGCUAUCCUCAACCUCACAGCUGCAGAGGGUGGGCAGUACGCUGGAGUGGACACUCUCAAAACACGUCUGCUGCCGUGGCUCGGAACCUGUUUCUCAAUAACAAGACCCACAUUCGCUGACGACACGAGUCUACAGCUCAUCCAGGACUCAGUGGAAAAGGACAGGAGGAUGAGGGAGCUGUCUGUCUCUCAUGACAAUGAAAUACACAAGAUAGAGACUCAGCUGUGCUCCUCUCGCCUGCACCUUGACUCUGUGAGAGCAGACUUGGUUGAUACUCAGAAGGAACUGGAGGACACAAAGAGCAAAUCAGCAACCACUCUGCUGGCCACCGAAGAUGAAAUAUUACAACUCAAAUCAGAUUUGCGAUCUGCACGCGAGCAGGUGGAGCUUUAUAAAAGGAAGCUGGACGCUGGUGAAGAAUAUGAGCAUCAGAUCUGCUUGCUGAGAGAUGAGGUGUCAUUCCUGAGCUCAGAGAAGUCCAUGCUGAAGGAGAGGCUGGCGAGGAGUCGUUCUCCAAGCCCUUUGCCCAGACUCAGUCGCUCUUCGAGCCCCACGAAGAAUGAGUCACCCACCAGAGCACAGCUCACUAACUCCUCCCGCCAUGCACGCCUCGUGUCUCGCUUCAGUGACAUGUACGCUGUGGAGCGUCUGGAGGCCCAGAGCACACUUCGACGCUAUAUUGCUGAUUUAGAAUUGGUCCAGAAAAUCAUCUUCAUUGCUGUUGUGGAAUCCUUUAUGGCUGCAAAAAUAGCCUACCGCCAGUUUAAGCUACGCGUCAGAAAGACCCUGUCCCCAUCCCAUUUUGGACCAGAAAGUCUAGAGGACACGGCUGUGGACUACAUAGUCAGAAAUUUGGACCUAUAUGAUGUACAGGACAGUGUCAAUGCUGUGAUCAAUGCCAUGAACGUGAACCCUCGGAUCUCCUUCCCACCCGAAGUGGAUUUUGUCCUCAUCAGUGCCUUGAUCAGAGAGACAUGCAGGGUGGCCUUUGCCAUGCAGACCCUCGAGCCCCUACUUGACUUGGCCUUUGCCAGUGAUGGAGAACUUUACAAUGACAACAAGUAUCGUCGUAGCUAUGACUCAGAGUUCACUGCUCCUCUGGUCAUGUACCAUGUGUGGCCGGCCUUGAUGGAAGGAACCAACGUGAUAGUGAAGGGCGAGGCUGUGACCAGAAGGGGAGCUGUGUGGAGUAGAAGCCGGAGUGCCAGCCCUGCACGCUCUCGCUCUCUCAGCCCAACUCGCAGUCUUGCAUAUAACAGCAAAAGAAGCCUGUCUCCUGAGCGACUCACAGCCAGACACCUGUGAUCUCUGGCCUCUCCUUCAUCCGGACAGAAAUCUACACCUCUACUUAUCGUCCAUAAUUUAGGUUUUUAUCUGUGAUUUUCCGCCCAUGUCUGAUAACGCAGAUACUGUACUAAACAAAGGCUGUGUUUACAUUUUACAUUGACACAUGGCAGUUUUUAAUGGGACACUGACUGACCAUAACAAGAGGUCAUUACAUUGUGAAUGAAGCAGAAGAGCCUGGCAGCUAACUGAAAAAGUGUCUUUGUGUUUUAAGUGUUACCAUUUAAAAAAGAAAGAAAAUAGUGUUUUAGUGAUUUUCUUUUAGAGAAAAACUAGCAACUGUGUUCAAAAUGUAGCCUUUUCCUUUUAUUCUUUUAAAAAAGCCUACAUCUGUAAGUAGCAGGAUGAGUUAGGUAUGCUACAGGUGCUAAACCUUGUGCUAAUGAUCAGUGCUAACUUAUAUACCUCUAGUAUUUUUGUGAUAAUGGUCAUUGCUAGUCAGUUCUCAUGGUUACUGUCUUUUUAAUCUUUUUAUUGUAUUUUCUGGUGCUCUUGUUAUCAGACUCAAGACAGAAGGGACCCACAGAACACACUCAGAGGCAGGAAUUAAAAGUUCAUGCAUUAGUCAGCACAGAGGAAACUCGUCACACGGUCAAAGGUAUUAAAGCAGGCAAAAGGAA